GCUCUUUGGCAGUUCACGGUGUUUUUGGGUUUUUGACUUUUUGAUUCAUCAGGAUAAAUUGUGUUAUUGUUUUGCUUUAAUUGUAUUUUUUGUUAUUUCUGAGUUGUAGCAUAUAAGCAGAAGCAACAAUAAUUUAUUUUUUAACACCUUUCUUUAUAGCAGUGACUCAAAUGUAGGACACCUGCUCUGACAAACAGCAUAUUUUUAAUUUUUUGUAGUAACUGGCUUCUGUUGCUUGGAGAAAUAUAGCCCAAAUAAAACUACAUAUAUUACAUUGCUGGUUAACCCCAGUCUUUGGAAAAAAGGGGGGUAUAUAUCUUGUGGUAUUUUGCUGUUGCUGUUGUAUUUUCAUAUAUAUUAUAUAUUUUUGUUAUUUUUUAUGAUUUUUUAAACUAUGAAGCAUUUGCAAUUUGUGCUCGUCCUGGCCAUCGCGGUCAACGUGUGGGAAUGUGGGGACGCAAAAUUCGGCGAGAGGGGCGAAAUUAGCCCCCGGAGGAGAAGAUGUUACGACGGAAGCUUGCCCAAGCGGCUGAAGAAAAGGGAGCGAAAAGUGCUGCUUGACGGCAGCGGCAGCAGCAGCGGAGAAGUCUGCCACAGGUUGUACCCCCGCGUGUCCUGCUGUCCCACCAGGAGAGCCGCCUACCAGAUCCUGCACCGCAGGGACGCCAGGAUUUUCUCCACCAACAACACCGAAUGUGGACGUCUCCUGGAGGAGAUCAAGUGUGCUCGCUGCUCCCCCAAUGCCCAGGUGUUGUUCCACUCCUUGGACAUGGAUAAGACGCCACACAGGGAGCCAGACCUGCCGCGGCUCUGCCAGGACUUCUGCCGCGAGUUCUACUACACCUGCAGGGGGCACAUACCAGAACUGUUCCAAGCCGAUGUGGAUGAGUUCUGCCAAUACUAUGGGAGGAGAGAUGCCAGUCUGUGCUUUCCAGAUUUUCAACGAAAGCAACCACAAGGGCAAGACUCCAACUACUUGGGAGAUGAGAAAAUGGAAGAUAUCAGCAGGAAACACAAACACAACUGCUACUGUGCCCAGGAGGUGUUGAGUGGUCUGAGGCAGCCGGUGGCCGUGGUGCACUGCGGGGAUGGAUCCCAGCGGCUCUUUGUCCUGGAGAGGGAGGGGAUUGUCAGGAUACUCAACCAUGAUCUCGAGCUAAUCAAGGAGCCCUUCCUGGACAUCCACAAGCUGGUGCAGAGCGGCCUGAAGGGUAGAGAUGAAAGGGGCCUGCUAAGCCUGGUAUUCCACCCCAAUUACAAGAAGAAUGGCAAGCUCUACGUCUCCUACACCACCAACCAAGAGCGCUGGGCCAUCGGACCACACGACCACAUUCUCCGUGUGGUUGAGUACACCGUCUCAAGGAAAAACCCGAACCAGGUGGACACCCGGACCGUGCGGGUGCUGAUGGAAGUGGCAGAGCUGCACAGGAAGCACCUGGGCGGUCAACUUCUGUUCAGCCCUGACGGCCUGUUGCACAUCAUCCUGGGAGAUGGCAUGAUCACCCUGGAUGACAUGGAGGAGAUGGAUGGACUCAGUGAUUUCACAGGGUCCGUCCUGAGGGUCGAUGUGGACACAGACUGCUGCAUGUCACCUUACUCCAUACCGCGGAACAACCCUUACUUCAACAGCACCAAUCAGCCACCUGAAAUCUUUGCCCAUGGAUUACAUGAUCCAGGCAGGUGUGCAGUGGAUCGGCUUCAGUCUGACAAUGGGAGUUUCUUGAUCCUCUGUACAGAUGCCAGCGGCAAAAACGCAUCAGCAGGAAGGAUACUGGAGAUUACUAAGGGUAAAGAUUAUGAAAAUGAGCCUUCCGUCUAUGACCUGCAGUCCAGUGGAGGAGCACCACCUGUGGGGGGCUUCAUCUACAGGGGCUGCCAAUCUAGAAGACUCUAUGGGAGUUAUGUGUUUGGGGAUAAAAAUGGUAACCUGCGGAUCCUGCAGAAGUCGACACCGUCAGCGUCAGCUGGUGGUGAGCAGUGGCUGGAGAAAGCUCUGUGUCUGGGCUCGGCUGGCUCCUGUGGAUCUAUGCUUGUUGGGCACAUCUUGGGUUUUGGAGAGGAUGAACUAGGUGAAGUCUACAUACUGGCAAGCAGUAAAAGCAUGGCGCAGUCUCACAGUGGGAAACUCUACAAGCUGGUAGACCCCAAAAGGCCUCAUGCCCCUAAGGAGUGCCAGCGUCAGGUGGAGCCUCCAGAGCUGCUGAUGACAGCUUGUUCCAGACACUGUAAGAACGGACACUGCACUCCGACCGGCAAGUGCUGCUGCAGCCCCGGCUGGGAGGGGCCCUUCUGCAGAGUCGCCAAAUGUGAACCAGCCUGCUGCAACGGAGGAGUGUGCAUGGAGCCCAACAAGUGCCUGUGUAAGAGCGGCUACUCUGGGGCCCAGUGCGAGAAGAGCGAGCGGGGUAUGCCCAACGACCAGGAGAAAGACGGCAUACUGGACCACAUCAUCGACAUGACCUCGUACCUCCUAGACCUGACCAGCUAUAUCGUAUAGGGGUGCGCAGAGGGGGGCUGCUCCCCGCUGUCAUCCUCAAGUUGACACAAGUCUACCUACCACCACCAGCAGACUCUAACGAGGUGUCCUUAAUAUGGCCUCCCGAUCUCCCUCACACCCACACAGGCAUGCACACACACACACACAAAGAUACCCACAGGACCCCCGUCAGACUGCUUUUCAUCCUCAUCACCAAACUCUUCCUCUUUCGCCUAUAAGCUACUUGCUCUUGAGCACCAGGCCUGGCAUCCAAGCCGUGUUCACUGACCUGCAGACAGCCGCGAGAUGAUUGACAAGCAUGGCCAAGUCAUGGAAGUUCCACUAAGACGUUUCCUCUGUCGUUCAGAAAACACUCGCACACGGCUGACUCCACAUGAACAGGAGCUCCACAGGAACAGACCAUGUUAACUCAAGACUUUGGAUCUCUUCAGGGGUUAUCUGUCGCCUUACGCAAGACCCCUCAAAAAAUGGAGUUUGAGGCAUUUCACUGGCGACAGUUGAUUGUUCAGGGGUUGUUUUUUUU